GUUUUACAAAUUAUUUGUUUUGCUGGUGAAGGUUUGUGAUAGUUGGUAGUGAUCUUUAAAUAAAAACGUGUGAUUGCAUGUAGUAAACAUUUCAAAGUGAUUCGAGUGCAUAGGCCGUAUAACUCUAAUCUGCUUGCCGGAAGCAGCAACCAUGUCUGGCACCGGGGGAGGGAAGCGAGCCUCAGGUGGGGACAGCUCCCCUGGUCCACCUGAGAAGAAGUGUAAAAAAGAGGAAAAGACCACCACCACUCUCAUUGAGCCCAUACGCAUUGGGGGAGUGUCCUCUACGGAGGAGAUGGACAUGAAGGUGAUCCAGUUUAAGAACAAAAAGCUGAGUGAGCGUCUGGAGCAGAGGCAGACCAUGGAGGAUGAGCUGCGGGAGAAGAUCGAGAAGCUGGAAAAGCGACAAGCUACUGACGAUACCACACUGCUCAUUGUGAAUCGCUACUGGUCCCAGUUGGAAGAAAAUGUUCACGUCCUGCGCCACCGCAUUGACCCCACGGUGGUCCCGGCACCCCCCGCUACUCCUGUUUCUACCCCUACCCCGAUGGACGCGGAUGGCAUGAUGAUCCCACCACCCCCUCCCUCAGCCCCACUCCCAGUGCCAGAACACGAGGAGAAACGGCCUCCACCACCCGACGGUAUGGAGAUAGCCCGUGAACCACAGCAGGACUCGACAACCGCCCCGCCGCCCACUACUACCCUCAGUGAGAGUACCAAAGCCUUCCUCUCCACUUUGGACAACAGCAGUGAGGAGGAGCUCAGCCUGCAGCUGCGGGACAGGAUGCAGUUCAGCAAGGAGGCCGCUGCCUGCAUGGUCUGCGUCUUCGACAGGCUGCACAGCCGCAUCAACGGCCUAUGCACCCAGUUCCUGUCCUCAGUGUGUGACGAUGACAGCCAGGAAGAGAUGCUCCGUCUGAAUCGUACUCUGCUAGAGGAGAAUGGCAGACUGCAAGACCUGGCCUCCUCCCUGCAGGGCAGACACCACAAGAUGUCUAUGGAGUACAACGAGCUUGUGGAUAAGGUGACAAGCUCGGAGACCAAGGUGUCUGAGAUGGAGACUGCUGUGGAGGAUCUACAGUGGGACAUCGAGAAGCUCCGUAAGAGGGAACAGAAGCUCAACAAGCAUCUGGCUGAGGCAUUGGAGCAGUUGACCUCGGGCUACUACACCACUGGCAGCUCAGGGGGGCUACCCGGUGGCCAGAUCACCCUCAAUAUACAGAAGUUUGAGAGCCUGAAUGCAGAGUUGGAGCAGAACCAGGAGCUGGCCAACAACCGCAUGGCAGACCUGGAGAAACUACAGCAGGAGCUCCAGGAGGCUGUCAGGGAGAGCGAGAAACUCAAGUUGGACCUGAAAAAUAUUCCAGAGGAUGUGGUGAAAGAGACCGCGGACUACAAGUGCCUUCAGUCCCAAUUCUCCCUGCUCUACAAUGAGUCUUUGGGGGUGAAGACCCAGCUGGAUGAGGCCCGGGCCCUGCUCCUCACCGCAAAGAACGCCCACCUCCGACAGAUAGAGCACAUGGAGAGUGACGAGCUAUCCCUACAGAAGAAGCUCCGCACAGAGGUCAUCCAGCUGGAAGACACGCUGGCCCAGGUGCGCAAGGAGUACGAGAUGCUGCGCAUCGAGUUUGAGCAGAACCUGGCGGCCAACGAGCAAGCAGGCCCAAUCAACAGAGAGAUGCGCCACCUCAUCAGCAGCCUCCAGAACCACAACCACCAGCUGAAAGGUGACGUGCAGCGUUACAAGCGGAAGCUCCGAGAAACACAGAUGGAGAUCAACAAGUUGCGGUGUCAGAGUGGUGACACCGGGCUUCUGUCGUUGGAGGAGCCGGUGAGCGACAGCCUGGAGGUGAAGAAAGAGGAGGAUGAAGACCAAGAGGAGGAGGAGGAGAGGAGGAGGGAGCUGGAGAGACAGCGGGCCCGGGAGAGAGAGAGGGAGACUGAGAGGGAACGAGAGAGGGAGCGAGAAAGAGAGCGACAGCGCAGCGAGGAGUUGAAGAGGAAAGAUUCGGACACCCUGAAGAUGCUGAGGGCGGAACUUAAGAAAGCCCAGGAGUCUCAGAAGGAGAUGAAACUACUUUUGGACAUGUACAAAUCAGCUCCCAAAGAGCAGAGGGACAAAGUGCAGCUUAUGGCAGCAGAGCGCAAGUCUAAAGCAGAGGUGGAUGAGUUGCGGGUGCGUGUUCGAGAGCUGGAGGAGAGGGAGAGGAAGGAGAGCAAGAAGCUGGCUGAUGAGGACGCUCUCAGGAAGAUCCGUGUGGCAGAGGAGACAAUCGACCACCUACAGAAGAAGCUCACAGCCACCAAACAAGAGGAGGAGGCCCUACUGAGUGAGAUGGACGUGACGGGCCAGGCCUUUGAGGACAUGCAGGAGCAGAACAGCCGGCUGAUGCAGCAGCUGAGGGAGAAGGACGACGCCAACUUCAAGCUGAUGUCGGAACGCAUCAAGUCCAACCAGAUCUACAAGCUGCUGAGGGAGGAGAAGGAGGAGCUGGCUGACCAGGUGCUCACCUUCAAGACCCAGGUGGAAGCCCAGUUAUUGGUUGUACAGAAGUUGGAGGAGAAAGAGGGCAUCCUCCAGAGCUCACUGACCAAUCUGGAGAAAGAGUUAGGAGUUCGCAUACAAGCACUAGAACUCAACAAGAGAAAGGCGGUGGAGGCAGCCCAGCUGGCUGAGGACCUUAAGGUGCAGCUGGAUCACACCCAGUCCAAGCUGAGGAAGAUCCAGGUAUCUGUGUCUGAGAACCGCAACGCCAGAGAGCGGGAGUUGGGCAACCUCAAAAGAGCGCAGGAGGACCUGUCCAGGCUACGACGAAAGCUGGAGAAGCAGAAGAAAGUGGAGGUGUACACUGAUGCUGAUGAGAUCCUGCAGGAGGAGAUCAACCAGUACAAGGCGAAGCUGCGUUGUCCGUGCUGCAACACCCGCGACAAGGAGACCGUGCUCACCAAGUGUUUCCACGUUUUCUGCUACGAGUGUCUGAAGACGCGCUACGACACCCGACAAAGGAAGUGCCCCAAGUGCAACUGUGCCUUCGGGGCCAACGACUUCCACCGCAUCUACAUCACCUAACUGCCGAGGAAAAGAAGAGAACAGGGAUAAGGGAGGGGAGGAAGAAAAUGAACAAAUGGAUGGAAGUGAGUGUGGUUGGAGAGCUUAGUUUUGUCUUUGCUUUCUCAAAGGACUUUCAUAUAUUGCGUCAUUGCCGGUUGGUGCUAGUGACCAAACGGAUAGUUGUGACUGAGUGAGAGUCUAAAAACCGAAGUGCACAUACCAAGGUAUUCAUACUUCUGGAUACUCUGUUUUUGUUUUUCUGUCACAUCUUUGUUUUUGGAUCAGGUCUUGCCCAUGUGGUAAUUCACUUUUAACUAGGUCGUUGUUGUGGCCCUGUAUGAUUUGUUUACACUACCGUUAAAAGUUGGGGGUCACUUAGAAAUGUCCUUGUUUUUGAAAGGCAAGCUCUUUUUUUUUGUCCAUUUUUAAAAUAACUUCAAAUUGAUCAGAAAUAGUGUACAUAUUGUUAAUGUUGUAAAUUGCUAUUGUAGCUGGAAACAGCUGAUUUUAAAAAGAAUAAAAAAUGAUUAUGGAAUAUCUACAUAGGCGUACAGAGGCCUGUGUUCCAAUGGCACGUUGUGUUAGUUAAUCCAAGUGUAUCAUUUUUAAAUGCUAAUUGGUCAUUAGAAAACCCUUUUGCAAUUAUGUUAGCACAGCUGAAAACUGUUGUUUUGCUUAAAGAAGCAAUAAAACUGGCCUUUAGACUAGUUGAGUAUCUGGAGCAUCAGCAUUUGUGGGUUCGAUUACAGGCUCAAACUGGCCAGAAACAAUUACCUUUCUUCUGAAACUCGUCAGUCUAUUCUUGUUCUGAGAAAUGAAGGCUAUUCCAUGCGAGAAAUUGCCAAGAAACUGAAGAUCUCGUACAACGCUGUGUACUACUCCCAUCACAGAACAUUGCAAACUGGCUCUAACCAGAAUAGAAAUGGGAGUGUGAGUCCCCGGUGCACAACUGAGCAAGAGAACAAAUACAUCAGAGUCUCUAGUUUGAGAAACAGAUGCCUCACAAGUCCUCAACUGGCAGCUUCAUUAAAUAGUACCCGCAAAACACCAGUCUCUAUGUCAACAGUGACAAGGCGACUCCGGAAUGCUGGCCUUCUAGGCAGAGUUGCAAAGAAAAAGCCAUAUCUCAGACUGGCCAAUAAAAAUAAAAUAUUAAGAUGGCAAAAGAACACAGACACUGGACAGAGAAACUGCCUAGAAGGUCAGCAUCCCAGAGUCGCCUCUUCACUGUUGAUGUUGAGACUGAUGUUUUGCUGGUACUAUUUAAAGAAGCUGCCAGUUGAGGACUUGUGAGGCGUCUGUUUCUCAAACUAGACACUAAUGCGUCCAGCUACAAUAGUCAUUUACAACAUUAACAAUGUCUGUACUGUAUUUCUGAGCAAUUUGAUGUUAUUUGAAUGGACAAAAAAAAUAUGAUUUUCCUUUAAAAAAAAACAAGCACAUUUCAAAGUGACCCCAAACUUUUGAACGGUAGUGUACAUGGACUUCCCCAGAAUCGUCCUUGACAAACACCUGUAUGUGCUUGUUUCCAGUAUUCUAAGAAAAGACCACUCUGAAGAACUGAGAUUCAAUCUCUGGAUGCAAGUCUAGUUGAGUUGUGUACAAAUGCGACUCAAUUCAGUAAAAAUGGACUUUCUUUCAUUAUCGUAACGAUCACGUUAUGUUCCUGUGCAGAGAUUUCACCAGAUAAUACUGCAGCGCUUUGACAUGAACAUUUGUUUUGCCACUUGUCCUUCAGACAAGUAGGACAGAUUUGUUUUUUUUUUGGUCAGAAAGCUCAAGUCACCUAAGAGUGAUACUUAAAAUUGUUGUAUGAUUCAAGGAACCACUUUACAAUAUAAAAAUGACCAUUGUUGCUACCGUAUAGAGAAUCAGACAAAUGUAGGCUACCCUCUGCAUUAUGGGCUUCUUUGCAUAUUCAAGCCUGUCUCAAAAUAGAACACUGCCCCUUUUAGAUGCACCUGGAGGAUGAUUGGCAACCCUUAAAUAGAACUCGAAAAUAUUGCACAGUUACAAUUCCAACUGAAUACUUUUUGUCUUUAAUAAAUAAUUGACUCAUUUAAUGAAUUGGGAAUCAAAUGGCUACAGUAGGUUUCUUAAAAGAACGGUAACUAACAAAGACAUGUUUAUAACAUUGUAAGGCUGAAAUAUUCAGGUUUCAGUGGAGGUUUAUUGACCGCACUGUUCAACCAAUCCAAUAAAUGUGGAGGAAGAGUUAAGAUGGAAUGUCACCUUGUUAACGUCCAAAAGCACAAGUCACUUCCCAGGCUCUUUCCAUUUCACCUGAAACCCGAACAUCCUGCGGAGGCUACUAUGAAGCUAUUCUAAGAUUUUAACGUCAGAAUGACAUUGCCAAUGUUGAAUAGAGGGGGUAUACCAGCUUUCCAAUGGUGUUAGAUUUAUUCCUCAACUUCCAAUAAUAAAUACAUUUCAGAUGUGCUAUCCCCAAAAUAAUCAUUUGGUUGUGUUUAUGAAGGUCUUUGCUAACAUUAGACUGAGUUUUAUUUUUUAAGAACACAGUAGCAUUUUCAUUCAUUUAUUUUACUGUAGGCUAUCUGUAAAAAUGAGGGGGGAAAACCACAAAGCACCACAAUUGAAGUGUUAAGUCAUCACACAGAAAUCCAUUAUAAGUACGUUUUGUAAGGUCUUAUACAGCCCGGUGCAGUCCAAAUGGUGUUUUUCCUGUGUUUCGUAUCAUUGUACAACAGCUGAUGAAACAAACACUGUAAAAGUGUGAACAAAAUUGAUAAGUUCCUGCUUGAAAAUACAAUAUACACAGGACCUUCAAAUCAGCCUGUUUGCAUGAGUGGGAGUUUCUGCUUGCCUGGUGGGAAAUUGGUUAAUAAACCAAUAACAAAGAGAGUUCCAAACCUUUGCUAAUAACAGCAAGUUUUUCCCUCCCCACUUAGACCACUCCCAGACAGUCUUAAUUAACAAAAAAUCUUGCUUGAGAAAGUUUUUUGCAAAAAAUAUUGUUGUUCAUUUUUAUGGAAAACUGUUACAGUAAGGUACUUGUUAUCCAGAAAUGAUUUGAUGUUGAUAUAAACAUGGCUGAAUUGGAACUUUUUAAGAAAAAAAGUGACAAAGAAAAUGUAUUUCAAAAGAACAGUAAAAUAUUUUCAGUUUUAUUUUAUUACUAGAAGUUGUUGCUUAGUAGCCUCGGCUAUGCUACCUCCAGUACUCUGUGUGGAGUGCAUGGAACAGCGUUUUUGGUUGGGAAAAGUUAUAUUUUGAAAUAGAGCUCAUCUUGGUUAUUUGGCAAAUAAAGGUCUUUCUGAUAGAUAAAAAUGACCUGCAAGAACCUGUAGGAUGAUUAGAAAAUGCUGAUUUUUGGUUAAGCUUAGUUAAUUACAAACGCUUCAAUAUUUCUCUGUCUCUUCUCGGGCCCAAGCACAUUGGCACACAUGCAGGUGAUUGAUGCGCACGACAUUACAUUUCCAGGAUUUUCAUGACCGUACCUGUGUGCUGACCAACAAUUAGCUAUAACUGGUCAAAUAACUCCCUAACCAGCAAGGAAUAUCAACAAAUGUGCACAUGUGGCUACAGAUAGAUCUGCUCAAAAGCACAUUCUUAUUCAAAUUAUUUUUUUGAUAUUGUUGAUUCUUAUUUUUACAUGUCUUUUUUUAACACAACAUCUUCUGCUUGUCUGACACUUAUUUUUACUUGCCCCGGACAAUCUGAAAGUCAAGCCUCACUAUUGUCAAUAGGAAUCAUUCGACACAAAGUAGGCAGUUUGUAGUUUGCCUCAGAAUCAGCACAGAAAGGAGUGUUAAGGAUCACCUUGGGCUAGAUCUUCGUGUGUUAAGCCAGUUAUGACCAAUCCUCUUGCUACCACCUAGUGACUCAGUCACACACAACAUCUGCAGGUUUUAGUGCCUCAUUACUGAUGACAUCAUUUCAGUGGAAUAGUCAGCUCAUGAGUGUCAUACUAAGUGGGCUGUCCCAUCCAAGUCCUCCAAGACUACUUUGUUAAAGUUGACUUGUACAUUAGUCACAAAACAUCUGUUACAACCAUAUAAUAAGCCUUUAAUGGAACCUCUGAACACCAUUUUCCUCUGUUCUCUGUUCUGACGAUGUUAACAGUAUAAUGAGAGCUUGGUAAUGCGUUUGAAGUUAGCUCCUGUGAGAACUAAAAUCAUAACUGGCCUCAAAAAACCACAGUGAGACUCUGGUGAUCUAAAGUCAAUGGCAAAAAAAUGCUUUAUGUAUUGGUUCAAAAUAAGACCUCUAUAAUAUUUUGAUGUAAUGUUGUGUCUGGGUAUUGGGAUUGGUAUAAAUGAGUAGAGUGUGUGGGCUCUGAUUGUGUGAUAUGAACAUACAUGUCAUUCGGAACAUACUAGUGAUCAUUUUGUAUUUCACAGUGUAGAAGUUGUUUUCCUAGUAAAAACUUGAACUUGUGCAUCAUGAGUUGAAUGUUGAAUACAUUUCCUCAUCGUAGGGUUUUCUGACCUCUUCUCAACAUUUUGGGAGGUCAAUAAUGGGAAAGCAUUUGAUCUUGCUAAAAAAAAGCAGAAGUAUCAAAUGCACACGAGUCUGCGAGUGUUGCAGUUCCCACUUGUGCGCCUAACAUUUGGUUGCCCAAUACUGUAUAUAGGAGGAGGGGUUUUGCGUUGUGUUUUUACAGAUGUUGCUCCUUCCUGAGGAUGGUAAAAAAAAGAAAAAGAAAAAAGCUCCUUUGACAGUCAAGUGUUACAUUUGCAUACAACCAUAUGACCAUACAAAAUAAUAUAUACCAUACAUGUUAUGUAUACAACAAAUAUGAGAUGGUGAGAUUUAAAAAAAAUAAAAAAAAUAAAAAAACACUGCAACAGUUCCAGAACCUACUCAUGUGAACCAAGAUGAGGAUCCCUCUCUGUAAUUGUAUUAAGUUCCCUGUGGUGUUUCUCAGAAAAAUACCACUUUGCAUCACAAAAGUUCCUCUUCUGUGAAGUUUUAAACAACCCUGAACGUAUUCAACCCCAGUGUAAAGUGCUUUUCUUCACUGCUUAUGGGAUCCAUAUGCAACUGCCGGAUACUUGUAUUUUUUGGCAGUGCUCAGUGAAUGACGUGACAGGCGUGGUAAUAACAAUGAGAACACAAUUAAUUCCAGAUCUUUACAGACUUUGCACUCCGAAGUUGGCUAAAGGAAAAUCAAAAAGGGUGCGGUCAUGGUAUUUUAGUUCUGCUGGUUCAAAUAUACAUAUUGUGAAUGAUCAUUGACAUUUUUCGCUUUACUACAAUAAACGAAAGUAAAAUGUUUUAUCGUUCUAAAGUUUCCUGCCUGUCCGGACGGCAGUACUCAGAAUGUGAGUACAGUACAUAGGAAAUGACUCAUAGGAGUUGAACUGUUAGCGUGGGUGUGUACUCUAUUAAAACAAGGCUCAGACUACUCCGGGUGACUCAUUGUGAGGCUAGCUUUUCCAUGGUGAAAAACAAAACGGGCUUUUCAUCAGAUGAACUUUCGGGAAUUUCGUUUAUACAAGAAACAUGGCUUCAAACAUUAUCUGUGCGCUUUGUGGACUUGUCAUUGCGACUGUAGCGAACCUAAACGGCGCGAACGGGCAACAAAACCUAUGCAGCAGUUCAGAGUUCUGGAGUUCGGACAUAGACCAAUGCGUAUCCUGCUCAUCGUGCAAGCAGUAUCCAAAGACCCCUUCGUGUAACACUUGCACAUUUACCAAGGAAAGAUCUGAUGUCUGGAGACUGGCAGCCAUUUCCAGCUUCUCUGUGCUGGCAGUUAUUCUGGUCGCUGCAGUAUUGAUCAUUGGAGUCAUGGUGCAUCGACGCAAGGCACAGAAGAGGCCCCUCCGUGAACCCAUUGAAGAGACAACGGGACCUCUUUACCAAGCGUAAACAUUUCACCUCAUCUUCCUUCUGACAUUGAUGUGACAGAACCAAGGGAACAUCUUUGGAUGACCAACCGAAACAGAAUCAUUUUUGUACAAUGGAAUAUACUCUGACCACAGGGUAUUAUUUGAGUGGAGUUUGACCAUUUAAUUUAUUAUACUGUUAGUAAAGAUGUGUUCACAUACACUCAGUGUGUUUCGGAACGGAGCUCUCACAUAGAACUGUGUUAACAAGCGCUGUCAAUCCCCUACCUUGUCUGCAGUCAGACUGUACUCUGAGUAAGACAAUGUAGUUAGUCAAGAGUAUCUCUCACAGCUCUUUUUGAAAUGAUGGCCUUUGAGUAGUGAUGCUAGGUUGAGCUUGUCUAGAUAUUCCAAUAUUCUAUCUAUCGAUAAGUAAGUUCAAUCAAUAAGUAGUUUAAAAAACAGUAGUGAACAUGAGACACAUCUUGAAUGAUGUGGAUUUCCAACCAUUUCUGUCAAUGCUUGAACACCUAUUGUUUUAUUGUAGCUUAUUAGGACGAAUACCAACUACCGAACUGUCUCGACUUGCCAUCAGCAGGAUAAAAGUGAAUACAGCACAAUCGUGCUUCCUGGGCCAGGUUUCACAUACUGUACUUCUAUAAGAGUAACGUUUCUAUUUAACAUCCUCGUGAUAAUGACAAGUAAAAGGGAAAUGUUAGAUUAUAAAUUCAUGUUGGGCACAUUUUGGCAAUUUGAAUGUACUUUUAGGGCAAUUUAUCCAGUCUGUGUUUCCAUGUAGGAACUAUAUGCACUUAGAGCUACUUAGAGCUAGUUGUUUUUUAACUCAUAUUUUUAAAGGAGUAGAAUUAUUUUAACAGUAUCGUGCACUGUACUCUCUAGGAUCUUCCAAUCAAAAGAGGCAAAGGGGAAAAUAAGUGAACUGAUUAUGAAACUGCGUAUUGGACAUUCUUACACAGGUCAUUUAACCAUUAUACUGUAGUAUGUGUGUAUGCAGGAUAAGUAGUAUAACACAGGGGCUUGCAAACUGUCGUGAUGGAAAAGUUCAAGGUGGUCCAGAAUCCUGUGGGAAUGUGUUUGUAUAGUUCAGGGAUGGGCAACUUUGAUGGGGGUGGGGGCCACAAAAAAAUCUGAACACAAUCAUGAGGGGCCACUGUUGUGCCGCCACCCAAUUCUACACAUCUCGCAAUAUGGGAGAGAAAUGUUUGCAGUUUUAAUUAUAUCUUACUGAGACUGACUAACAAAAUCAAUGAGCACUAGACUAAUUUACCAAUCUACAAAAUGUUAGCUGACAUGGACUAAUUGAGGAACAAGAAAAACUGCCGAUGCACAACCAAAUUUCUAAAUGGCACCUUGUGUAUUCUACUAUUCUAACUCGCAACAGUAAGUUGAGACCCUGACUAAGCCCUUCCACCUGUUGCCAAUCCCUGGUAUAGUUUAUACUGUUUUUCUUCUUUUUGCAAUUAAAUCCAUUCCCGAUGGACAAAUAGGGAAACCUUAGCGUUGUGCUCUCCACAGUUGAAACAAUGGAGAUGAGUCAAUGCUUGUGUGACAUUUUUUUUAAACACUAUUAGACACUGACUGCCAACCCAGAAAGGAAUAUUGCAAUUUAGGGAAAAACAAACUGAACCCUAUUGAAAUGUAUAACCAUGGUAUAACUGUGUACUCAUCUUCAAACUAACUCAGAGCACAAUUUUAGGGCUUGUGUGUCAGGAUAAUGUGGGUGGCUGAAUAUGACUUAAUUCACAUUACUGACAAUAUUACUUUCUUAUCAAUAUUAAGUGGAUAUGUAUACCAGCUGCAAGAAAAGGGUCAUUGGACAAUUAUUAUACAGAUAUUGUUUUCAUAUCUAUUUAUUUUGAAUGAUAUAUUUUCUAAUGUUUAUAGUUACAUGUGGUAACAGCUAAAUGUAUGAAUAAAUGAAUAAAUACUGA